AUGGCGGAUAAACGAUACAAGCCGUUGAAUUCGAAGAUUCCUGUUUUGAGUAAAAAUUAUAGAAGCGUUUUAAGGCAUGUGAGAUUGGAGAAGGAACUGAUUGAAAAAGAGCAGGCACAGGUGUCGAGUUUGAAGAAGGAUUUGGAUGCGCUGAAAGCUACGGAGACAAGAAAGGCCUCAACUUCAACGUUUGAUCGGUUUGAAUCAUCUCUUCAUGCUGAACGUCCAGUUUAUAGUGGGAAAAGUGACUUGAGAACUACGAUCACAACACCAAAAGGGACUAAACGAAAAAGCGAGUAGUAAUAGGUUUUAUUAUUAGCAGUAGAAAAUAUUUUAAAAUAUUUGUUUUGCUUGCACAGUUGCAUUGGCCAUUGUCUUAUAAAAAUAUAUAUAUUUCUCUGUAGUUCGACCUUCACGCAUUCAUUUUCAAGGAACUCUCAAAGACAUAUUGCAUGCUAACAUCGUUAAAAAGGAAGGUCAUUUGCUAAGUGUUGACCUGUUGUUACAGUGCCUGUAUACAUAUGGCUCUCUGAAAGGGAUUGGCACCAGGGAACUUCUUAUAGAGGUGUCCAAACUAUUUGGCAAAACUACAAGCUACAAAGGAAAACAAAAAAAGUAAAUAUUUAAAAGUUUUCUAUGAAUUCUAAUAUUAUAUAUUAGCAAUUUUUAAAACUGUAGUUUCCCAUUUUGUCAAAAUCACAGUAUUAUACUUUUGGAACUGACUUAUGUUGAUAUCACAAAUAUUAAUAAUUCAUUAAAUCAGUAUCAUUCAGCAUGGUUUGUUGGUUCUGUUUUUAUCAUAUAGGCGCUAUUAUGAUGGAAUGAUUUUAACCCCAAGAGGUUCAACAAAAAGUGUUGGAAAAAAAGGUAUGAGGAAUGCUUGUCCUGUUUUCAAGCUGGUGCCGGAGGGCCAUAGUUUAAUUCAAGCAUGACAUCAUGCUUGUUCAUACAGGGGUCGAAAUUCCCGCUAUUCUGAAUAUAGUAAAAUGCCUGACGGAAUAGUAAACUUUAUGAUCACAGUAUUCCGUUUGUAUAGUAGAAAAAAUUGUGGUACCAAAUAUCGACAAGCAAGGGUUUUCCUCCUGUAUAAAAAUCCCUUUAUACCGGACUUUGAGCCACUGUUUCACUUCGUAGCUAAGUUCUUGUUUGCUUGCAGUACUUGCAUAUUCUAAUUUCUUUGCAGCAAUAUUAACUUAAUUAACUUUGCUACAAUAACAUGACAGUCAGACAGACUGCCACCAGCCUGCCCUGUCGUCAAAAACAACUUUAGCGUUUAGUUUUUAGGACUCAAACAUUAUACAAAAUGUGGCGGUAUGUAUCGGGCAUAGAAGAUGUAUAUUAAUGUACAUGAAUAGAUGAUUCAGAUUAAUAGUUAAUUACUGAAUGAUUCAUUGAAUGUGAGAUGUUUUGUUUUUUAUUAAUAAUUUGUUCAUCACUGUACAGAGCAAUGCACUGUACAUGUUUAUUUUUUGUUAUUCAAUUAUUCAGUUCACUAGUUUAGGAGUCUCAAGGAUGAUUUCACGAAAAUCAGAACAUUAGCGCGGACCCUGCAUGAACAGGCUCUCAGAAACAGUAAAUUAAAGAAUAGUGGAUCUUCAGACGGAAUAGUAAAUUUCAAAAUCUACUAUUCCGGCUGUAUAGUACAAAAAAAUUUAAAUUUCGACCGCUAUCAUACCAUUUUCUAUUAUUUUAUAGCUUCAUUUACACACCCAAAUAGUUGUAAGACACGAUUGUCUUUUGAAGGUAUUGUAAAAGAAACUAUUAUGUAAAGCAAGAGAUAUAUUUUCUAUUUUGAAACCUAAUUAGUUACAUUGUACAUGUCAAUUGUGUUACAAUACAUCUCCUGGAUUGCAUUAGACAUCCCAAAAACAAAAACAAACCAUUGCAAAACAAUGCAAAUUGCAUUUGAAACAAUACCUGUUAUUAAUAAUAUUUUAAAAUCUAUAGUGCUGUAAAAAAUAAAUAUAAUGGCGACAUAUAUAAACAUGCAAUGUAUUGUCAUAUCAUCACAUAUAACUAUACAUUUAUUAAUUUAGGAGUUAAAACAGGUAGUAGCAGUGUUUCUACUUCAAAUAUAGACAGUAUUAUGGAUGAAUUUGGAGCAAUGGAAAUUCUAGGUGUGUAUGAUAUUAUAGCAAAUGUUUGUCACUUCAAAAAAUCCAUAGUGUAUCUAAGUAUUUAAUUUGUUUGUUUAAGGGUUUACACAUUAAGUAGCCUUUCUCACGCCGCCAUUUUUGUGGUACUACCUUUUCCAGAUCUGAGAUUGUAAUCAAUGAAUAUGGGAUUUGUAUAACUAUUGUUGCGAGUAUAGUCAUUAUAAGUUAAUUUACAGUUAAACAUUUGAAAAAUUGCUUUCACAUCGCUUAGAUUUUUCACCGAUCAUUUACAAAAAAAGUACCCCAAAAAUGGCAAAUUUGGCCUUCAUGAGAAAGGCUAAUUAACAUUUGUUGGGCUGAUUUCAGGUUUUGCUGACUAUUAAUGAUAGUUUACAUACAUGUCAGUUGUUGAUCAAUUCAGAUGAUGUAACCGCAUACAUUUCAAAUAUCAUUGAUUUAAUUAGAACCAAAAUUGUCCGACAAAUGGCUACACUGCAGUACUAUAAAAGUUGUUGUUGUUCUUGAUGUUGUUGUCAUUUGUGGUUGUCGUCAUCAUUGUUGUUGUUAGAAAUUAUUUUCAAAAAUGUCUGUUAAUGAAAUUUUGACAAAUGUGUAGUGCGUAUAUAUUUUGUAGAUGAAUCACACUCAACAGUUGAAUCAACAAGUGACACUCAACUUGCACUUCAGGCCGAAGUGCCAUGUUUCCAAGAUAAACUCCAAAAUGCUGAAGAGGCAACAUGUUUGGAUGAGUUUUCUAGUCAAAACAAGGAACUUAAGAAGCACAUUAAAACUGUUACGGAUCAGUUUUCAGAAUAUGUGGCAUUGUCUGAGAAAAUCAUUGGCAAACAAAGCUAUAUCAUAGAACUUUACCAUCACAUUGUCACCAAUGGUGGAACACUUGGGGGGCUGCUGUCAUUGUCAGAAAGAUGUGAAAUAACAAAUGAGAUCAAGAAAGUUAGAGGCAUAUUUAAUCUGGGAAUUAGAAAUAAGGAAGUUAAAGAUCUUGUGCCAAUUUUUAAACCAACACUUUUUAAUACCUUGAUGGGAAAAUUGAAAAGUGAUUGCCCAACAAUAACAUGUAUUCUGGAGCAACUGGUGCUUUCCACAAAGAAUGCAGGACGCAUUGCGUCCUGCCGACGCAAUAUUAUCAAGACACCAGCUAUGAAAAUGAAGGCUGCAAUUCAUUUGCUUUCAUCACUUAUGGAUGUGAGAGAUCAAAACAGUAGCAAUGAUGUACCUAUCUUGUUUGGCUUAUUGUGUAUGUGUUUUGGUGCCGGACCAUCCCUGAUUGAGUUGCUUCAACGUUUAAGACUGUCUGAGUCAUAUCAAGUUCUGUAAGUUUAAACUUCUUUUCUUUGUUUUAUAACUGAGAACAGGGUGUAACAUCUAUUUAAUAUCAAUGACAUCUCUGAUAGGUUGGUUAAAUGCAAGUCAUUGCACAGCCAAUCAGAUGUUAUUAGAUAGAGAGGUGGGAAACUAUCUUGCCUUUCACUGCCUUUCUCUCAAUUUUCCUCUGAAUUGAUUCGUUAUCCCCGUAAGAGGUUUCCUGCAGAGGAGGCUGAGGGUAACAUACUGUUACUAAACUGUACAUAUUUACACAAACUAUGUCAAAUGUGGUCCACAUUGUAUAUGAUUGAUUACAUGUAAUAAAAAUUAUGGUUUUGCAGAUGUAUAUAUAUAUAUAUAUAUAUAUAUAUAUAUAUAUAUAUAUAUAUAUAUAUAUAUAUAUAUAUAUAUAUAUAUAUAUAUAUAUAGUAAAGUAUAGUACACGUUUACGCUUAUACCCAGGAACUUAAUUUAACCAAUGUAUUUUCUGGGCCCCUAUCUGGUUAAAAAUAUCAGGCAAAGUCUUUUUGAAACUUGGCAUUAAGAAAGCGAAAUAUGGUUUGCUUUUCCUUGCAGGAUUAAAGUGCUGAAGCGGCAACUGGAGCACUACAAAUUAUUAAUCAAGGAACGUGUUUCAGAUACCAACCCAGUUAUAACGUAUCAAGACAACAUGCAAUUGAUGCGUACUUCGCUUCGACAUUUGCGACUGUCCAAAUUGCAGAAGGACAAAGCGACUCAAAACAAAAUGUGGGACUUUACAGUCCGAGGUUGGAGAGUAGCGGAAUACUACGGGUAUAGAAGAAUACUUUGAAGGAUCAGCUGCAAAAGAUUUGGAUUCCCAAGGUUGUGUGAAAAGUUUGAAAUAUGAAGAUAUGUGUAUCGGUGAGUAUGGCAAAUAUCUAUCAGUGGUUCUGAUCUUUUACUUUAGCACAUUAUUUUGUUGUCUGUUCCAAGCCGUUUUUGUCAAAUACGAACCCGUGAGUUAUCGCUCUUCUCCCAGCAAGCACAGUGGCGUAACUACUAUGGGCUCAGACCGUGAGAACCCGGGGGCCCCAACCUAAAUGGGGGCCCCCAGGCUUAGGCAAUAGAGCAAAAACAUUGGUCAGGGCCUCUGAUAUGUUACAAUGUAGUUUUACGACCAUCAGAAUUCUGUAAAAUCUCUCCCCAAAGUCCAGGAAAUGGCAUUUCAGAGAGUCUAAAUUCAAAAAUUUUCCGGAUGAGCAUGCCCUGGACCCCCUAGAAAAUUCGUGCAUAUACGGCGCUCGACUCGUGCCUUUGGCACUUCUACUAGGGGGGCCUUCGAAAAUUUUGAACCGGGGGCCCCCUGAUAUAACGUUACGCCACUGAGCAAGCAUGGAGAAUAUGCACAUGUCUGCAUGACCAAAUACAAUAGAAAAAGAGACUUAAAUAAAAAGAACUAUCAAUGGCAACUUAGUGUCGUCUAUACUCAAACGAAUAGUAUAUUCAGAUUCUAUAGAUGAACAGUAUUCUUAUGCAUGUGUGUGGUUUAAUAAAACACAAAAAGGAGAUUCGUGUGUCGGUUUAACUGUUACGCUAUCGUUUAUUUUAUUCUAACCAGUGAACUGAAUAGAACUGGAACGCUACCUUCACCUGGAAAAUUGAAGCCAAAUUUUACGUCAAGACACGCGUGUUUGACCUCCUGACACGCGUGGGAAUCCUGACACAAAAGGAAAUCGCGUAACACAAACACGUCUGUCUGGAGGUAAAACACGCGUGACUGGAGGUAAAAUUUGGCUUCGUGCGAUCAUAGACUGGUUUCUAUUGCUAACUCAUUUUUUCACUCAAGAAACAUCAACUGUUUUAAAUUUUUUACUUCCGUUUACUUUCCAUGCAUUAUUUGAAAAUAGGUCAUGAAUCUAUGAUUGCUUGGUGAAUAGUUAAUUAAUUACAUGCAUGCAUGUAAAAUUUUGUAUUGUUCAAACAGCACGUAUAUUAAACAGCACGUAUAACUUUAGAUCCGUAAGCCCGGAUCCGUAAGUUAUUAGAGAGGUUCAGAUUUGGCCUCCACCACCACUAUAGCCUGAAGUGGACUGGAGCACAGGCUACCACCACUAUUGCUACUAUUCAGAGACCACGAACCAAUCAGAUACGUUUAGUCCUCCCGAAAAACCAAUCACAUGCGUACUAGGUCAGGAAAAGGUAGCGGUAGUGGAAGUCAAACCUGAACCUCACAAAUUAAAGGUCACAUCAACGCACGCGCAUGCAAGACAAUAGUGAAUUAAAAUUGAAAGUCAUUAACACUGAUAGAUAUGGGCAUAUGGAUCGAAAGCAUUGCACUAAUAAAUAUGCGUGGUGUUUCUACAAAACAAAACCUUAACUCAUUGUUCACCGUAUCCUCCUCCGCAUGCAACUCUGAAAUCCCACAAAUGAGACAUUGUGGAGAGCUAAAUAAGAAAUAGUUGAUGGAUAAAGAGGGACGUCAUUUAGUAUCAGUAAUUUAAUCAUUUUUCUGCUAGAAAACCAUCCACAACACAAAAAAGAAUGGGAAAGUUUUAAGGAGAUAAAUUUGCUGAGGAAAAUGGAUGUAGCUCUCAAUACAGUCCAUAUUGACCAAAGUGUUUUGAAGUCGAUGAGCAGUGAGAAAAUGAAGGAGUUUACUUCAGCCGAAGCAACUUCAACCAAAAAGUACGAGAUUGAUGUUUCUCCAAUACCAGAGGAAUUUCCUGAUAUGGGGACCAAAGCUGCAGAUAUUUACCCGUUGCCUUUGUCGCAUGAAAACCAGUGUACAACUCUUGGCGUGGCAAAUAACCUUGAAUUGUUUCAAGAGGAAUUUGAUUUUAAAAGCAACAAGAAUGUGAAGUAUUUACCGCUGAAGAGCUCUGGAAAAGAGUUCGAUUUGGAGCAGGCUUAUAAACGGUUUGCAUUUUUGCGGAAACUGGACAGGCAUAAAGAACAACAGGAAAAGUACGAGAAUACAUUGCGUGGUUGUACGUCAUCUGAACAGUCUGACCACGUUGAAGAAGCUUUUGUAGUUGUUGAGAGUGAAAGCGAAGACAGUGAUGAUGAAUAA